GGCUCAUAAGACGACCCGGAAGCGGAAGUCGGAGAACAUUCUAGUUGCUUGAGGUAUCGGCGGGAGCGGCUGAGUGGCGCGAGGAGCCGUUACCAGAGCCAGAGUUGCCGGUUAAACCUGAUCAAGAUGACAACCUCCCAAAAGCACCGAGACUUCGUGGCAGAACCCAUGGGGGAAAAGCCAGUGGGGAGCCUGGCCGGGAUUGGUGAAGUCCUGGGCAAGAAGCUGGAGGAAAGGGGCUUUGACAAGGCUUAUGUGGUUCUCGGCCAGUUUCUGGUGCUAAAGAAAGAUGAAGACCUCUUCCGAGAGUGGCUGAAAGACACGUGUGGUGCCAACGCCAAGCAGUCCCGAGACUGCUUUGGGUGCCUUCGAGAAUGGUGUGACGCCUUCUUGUAAUGUACUCUGGGGACUCCUCAGCGCCCCCCCCCCCCCCCCCCCAGCCACAGAAC